GCCAGAGCUGCAUUGUUCAAAUGCUCCGAGAUUAGUUUCCACGGAGACGGGUUUCAGCACCGAGCAUUUUUUAUCUUUUUUUAAUUCUUUUUGUUUCCAUGACUGUUUGCCCCUUUAUGCAUGAUUCAACUUGGAUGUUUUUAAUAAAACGAUCUUUCGGCUGCAUCUUAACUGCAGUUGAACUUUAGAUAGGAACUUAAGUCGUCUUGUCCACCUUAUGCCAAUACUCUUCCUGCACCAUCUGUCAAGGAGUGAAAAUCCGGUGUAAAGCGUAUCAUAUGACAUCCUCUGAGCGCUCUAAUCAUCUUUAACUGACAACGGCAGCUUUUUGAUGGAUUUGCCUUUUAGAUAUUCCAGAAAUAUGACUCUAGGGAAACAGGCGCCUGUCAAACGGAUGGAUGGAUGGAUUAGUGUGAUCUUUUUUAAAUUUUUUAUUUUAUUUUUACCAUUAUGUUCCCCGGAGGAUCAGCUAAGACAAGAGCAAUGUGGUGAAGUCAUAAAGAUGAAAUGUGAGAGGAUAGAUCUAACAUGGUUUACAGAAGAGCAUUAGAAAGAAGAUGGAGAAACAUGUGGAAGAGGUGCUCUGGUCAGAAGAUAACAAAAUGAAACUUUUUUCCCUAGAUGCAAAACACUGCAUAUUGUUCUCAGCUAUAAAGGGAUUUUACUGAUUAUAAAUGAUUUUUUUAUUCGUUUUUGAAGAUAACAUUUUUGGAAAAUCAAUGCUUCUUUGGUCUUCUAUUUUUAUGCUUUACAGCUCCUAUUUACAUGGCCUUUAAAUUCAGGUCAAGUCUAUGAGAAAGUACAAGAGGUAUGGCUCAGAUGAGGAAGCUGGCGUGUGACGGCCUGAGGGCCAGCUCCCGUGGCGAGCCGCAGGUCCAGCUGCUGUCCGCCAGGCAGGAGAUACUCACCAGCCUGGUGUCCGCCCUCGAUUCAGUGUGCAUGGCGAUGUCUAAACUCAAUGCAGAGGUGGCGUGCGUCACCGUGCACGAAGACAGCGUGAUCGCCGUGGGGACGGAAAAGGGCAGAAUGUUCCUCAACUCCAGGCGGGAAAUCCAAACGGACUUCUACAAGUUUUGCCGAGCGCCGUGUCUGCAGAGUCUGACCGCUGUAAACACCCAUACCAAAGACCAGGAAGGCGAUCCCAUCAAGCUGAGUAAAGACGGCGAACACGCGAAACAGCGAGCGCCGUCAGACCCCCAGUCCAACGUCUUCGUUUUGAGGAAGAUGGUGGAGGAAGUAUUCACCGUCCUCUACAGCGAGGCUCUGGGUAAAAGCAGCCUGGUCCCUGUGCCUUACGAGUGGAUCCAGAAGGACCCCGGUUAUGUGGUGGCCCACGGUUUGCCUGAGGGAGUCGUCCUGAAGAAGCCCUCGGAGUACGACACCAAGACGCUGAUGAAGAUCCUGGAGCACAGCCACCGCAUCCACUUCACAGCGAAGAGGCAAGCUGAGGAUUUGUCCAGAGAAGCCAAGCCGAGCACGGAAGUGAACAACAACCCCUCCGCCGCCGCCGCCGUUGUGACGCCGAGCAGCCACGGCGCAGCAAAGGCAGUCACCUCGCCGAGUCCCGCCACCGCCAACAACUCUGUUCUGUCAAACUUCCUGUACGGGAUGCCCAUGUCCUCCAAACCCCACCCUGACAGCAAGCUGGACUUCAAACCCGCAACCCUCCUCAACCUGGGCAAGGACAGACUGGCCAACUGGACAGAGAAGGGCUCCACUGGGAAGGACAUUGGCAACACUGAUGAGCCAACAAGGCUACCUGCUGAGCAGGGUCAGAGUCCGCCUGGAAUCCACAUCUCAAAGAGGCUGCUCUUCUCCAUCGUGCAUGAAAAAUCAGAAAAAUGGGACUUGUUCAUUCGGGAAACUGAAGACAUCAACACUUUGAGAGAGUGCGUUCAGAUCCUUUUCAACAGCCGAUAUGCGGAGGCUCUUGGUCUCGAUCACAUGGUGCCUGUCCCCUACCGCAAAAUCGCCUGCGACCCGGGAGCUGUGGAGAUCAUCGGCAUCCCAGAUCAAAUCCCCUUCAAGAGGCCGUGCACGUACGGCGUGCCCAAGCUCAAACGCAUCCUGGACGAGCGCCACGGAAUACGUUUCAUCAUUAAACGGAUGUUUGAUGAGAGGAUUUUUACUGCUGCAGGCAAGAUUGCCAGAGAGGAGGGCAAGCUUGACCCGGGCUGUGCGCCUGAAGACGGUUUCUCCGACUGCCUGGGCUUCCCUCCCACCGCAGCUGAGCUGCUCAGCAACGCUCACAGCAGCAGAUCAACAAGUGCUUGCGUGAGCCCCCAGGCUGACUCUGAAGCAGGUCCUUCGGGAGACGGAGCUCCUCUAAGGCGGAUUAAAACGGAGCCUCCAGAUGGAGACAUCAUUCAGGUUACGGUGCCUGAUGCCGGGACGAGUGGGGAGGACCCUGUAGAGUGUUUGGGCGAGGCGGUUUCAGCCGCUCUGUGUCCGACCACAGCCUCGCCCAGCGCUCCCCCUGCGGCCCCCGCCCCUCCGGUUCCUCCAGCUCCCCUCCACCCAAAGGAAAACCAAUCAGCUGAAGCUUCGUCUCCCAGUGGAGCGCCUCAAAGCAUCAGGAGACCCACUGAAGCGGGGAGUCUGGUGGAGGACAUUGGUGAAAUGAUCCUUCAGCUCCGGAGGCAAGUGGAAAACCUCUUCAGCAUCAAGUACGCUGAAGCUUUGGGUCUUCCAGAACCAGCCAAGGUGCCGUACUCAAAGUUCCAGAUGUACCCAGAGGAUCUGUACGUCACCGGCCUGCCAGAGGGAAUCUCCCUCCGAAGGCCCAACUGUUUCGGAGCGGCUAAGCUACGCAAGAUCCUGGCUGUUAGCAGCCAGAUCCAGUUUUUUAUCAAAAGGCCUGAACUCUUAGCUGAGCAAGUUAAACAAGAGAUGCCUUCGAUGCCUGUUUGUGAUGCAGAGCCAGACGCCAAGGACAGCACACCAGCAGAGGACACAGCGGCUUUAUCCAAGAGACCCGGAUUCUCAGAGUGCAUGGAGUCCAAGCUGUCCAGGAUCGACUUGGCCAACACGCUGCGGGAGCAGGUCCAGGAUCUGUUCAACAGGAAGUACGGGGAGGCAUUGGGCAUCAAGUACCCCGUCCAAGUGCCUUACAAGAGGAUCAAGAACAACCCGGACUCGGUCAUCAUCGAAGGCCUCCCCCCCGGCAUCCCCUUCAGGAAGCCCUGCACCUUCGGCUCCCAGAACCUGGAGCGGAUCCUGGCGGUCGCCGACAAAAUCAGCUUCACCAUCACCAGACCAUUUCAAGGACUUAUUCCCAAACCAGCACCUCGUCGAGUCACUUUACUAAAGAAGGCCUACGCCUCAAUAAGCGACGAUGACGACAUCAACCGCAUGGGCGAGAAAGUGGUCCUCCGAGAGCAAGUCAAGGAGCUUUUCAACAAGAAAUACGGCGAGGCGCUGGGCUUGGACCGCUCCGUCGUCGUGCCGUACAAACUGAUCCGCGGCAGUCCGGAGUCCGUGGAGGUCGGCGGUCUUCCAGACGACGUCCCCUUCCGAAACCCCAACACUUACGACAUCGUGUGCCUGGAGAAAAUCCUUCAAGCCGCGGAUAAAGUCACGUUCAACAUCAAGAGCCAGCUCCAGCCUUUUGCAGAGAUCUGCAGCCAGGCUUGUAACACAGCAGGAACAGACGCCUCCACUAACCGACGGAAACGCAAGAGAGUCCAGGAGAGCAGCCGCAUACCCGCCUCGUCCGACCUGGGGAUAUCAGCCAAUCAGAUUCCAGUUAUGCAGUGGCCCAUGUACAUGGUGGACUACAGCGGCGUGAACGUCCAGGUUCCCGGGAAAGUCAAUUACUGAAGGACAAACUCGGACUGCAGUAAGGAGGAGCUUGUUUCUCUUCCACAGAGGGACACCAGGACUUUUCCCCGCAGGAAUAAGACUCUGCAGAACGCUUUUCUAAAAGCUGCAGGUUCGACUCUUGAACGGCAGAAUGUAUGUGCGGCAGAAAGCUUGGCUUGUUUUGCUUUUAAAAACUCAAGUUAUUUCACUUUUUUUAAAAAGCUGGAAACGUCACUAACAUGUCGUUAUUUCACUUUGUUUUUUCCAGUUACAAACUGUCCAUUCACUGAGUCAUGAUUUUAAAUCGAGAUGAUCUGGUUCCAUAUUAUUCAGAUAUUUGUACCUUUUAUUUAUUAUAUUUAUUAAAAUAUGACAUUAUGUGCAGGGAUGUAAAAUAUAUUAUUCUGUUAUACUUUGAGGAACUCACGACACUAACUCAGAUCACUAAAGGUGGCUGCUAAACACGAGGCUGAAGCAGCAGAUUUUCAGUGUCUUCAUUUGUUAAACAUGAGACUAAAAAACGGACUCAGUUUGAUCAGCAGGAAGAACUACGCCUCUUUAUGUUAACACCACAUUAACAUGUAAAAUAUGUCAUUUAAAGUCAGCCUGAAUGUAUCAUGUAAAGAAAAGAAUGGUAUGUUACUCUGCGAUGACCGUCUCUGGACUAAUUAUAUUUAAUAUGCUGUACCUUAACGCCAGUUAGGCCUUUGAAAUAAAAUGUGUUGCCUUGCACUUUGAA